GUCGUCUUUGAGUGCAUAAAAAUUAUGGAAAAUGAAACCUUUCAAUUCAUUUCAAAUGAUGGCGUAUGCUGGAGAGACAAGAAGAAGGCGGAGUCAUCAAGGAUAUGUUCUGAUGAUGAAGACGUGCUGCCGAUGCUUAUUAACGCGCAAGGCGCUACAUCUCUCACUUUGUCAUCCAAAGGCGAGAAAGAAGACACUAGGAUAGCAAUCAACGGGAUCCCCACGGACCUGUCGCUGAUCAAGGACCAAACAAUGGACACGAUGGAGACUGCUCUCUGCUCACUCAUCGAACCAUCCAGCCCAGAUUAUCUCCUCCAGUCUGAUCAAAGCGAGAGCCAACCAAACAUGCCAGGUAAAACUUGGCCCCAAUCGGGCAAAGAGACGCAUGUUCUUGUACCCGGCGUUCCGCCACCAGUCGUCAACGUGGAAGCGGUGCCCCAACGUGCCGAGAACGGCUACUGCGGAUUGAACGGUGAUAACCGAGUCACAUACGACACCAACGAACCACGGGAUGACAUCGAUGGACGACCGCGUCAACGAGCGGUAUGGGGAAAGAAAGUGGACUUUCUUCUAUCCGUCAUCGGAUUCACAGUCGAUCUCGGAAACGUUUGGAGAUUUCCGUACAUUUGCUAUAAAAACGGUGGAGGUGCUUUUUUGGUGCCGUAUGCGUUGAUGGCAAUCUUCGGCGGAGUACCGUUCUUAUACAUGGAAAUGGCCUUAGGACAGUUUCAAAGGACAGGGUGCAUUACAGUCUGGCGCAGGAUAUGCCCUAUCAUGGAAGGUAUUGGAUACGCAAUCUGCAUCAUAAACUGUUAUGUGGGAUUCUUCUAUUCUACCAUUACUGCAUGGUCUGUCUAUUACUUGAUCGCAUCCUUCGCAACAACCCUCCCAUGGACCAGCUGUGGCAACGCCUGGAAUACCGAGCUUUGUGCAAACCCAUUUGAAGGCAAUUUCACCAACACGAGUGUAACGCCGGCCACGGAGUUCUUUCAACGUCAAGUUCUUGGAUCUCACCUGUCUACCGGCAUCAGUGACCUUGGUGGAUUGAAAUGGGAGCUGGCUCUGUGUCUUCUUCUCCUAUUUACCAUUGUCUAUUUCAGUAUUUGGAAAGGCAUUAGGGCUUCAGGAAAGAUUGUAUGGGUGACGGCUACACUACCGUAUUUCUGUCUGGUCGUCCUUCUCAUCCGGGGCAUUACACUCGAAGGGUCUUCAAUGGGCAUUAUCUACUAUCUCAAUCCCAAAUGGCAUCGUCUUCUCAAUGCUCAGGUGUGGUUUGAUGCUGCUGUACAAGUAUUCUUCUCUCUCGGUCCAGGUUUUGGUGUGAUUCUUGCUUUCUCCAGUUACAAUAGACUCCAUAACAAUUGUUUCAGGGAUGCACUGAUCACGAGUAGUAUCAACUGCUUCACUAGUUUCAUUGCUGGCUUCGCCAUAUUUUCUGUGCUGGGUUUCAUGUCUGUUCAGCAGGGGCGAAGUAUCGAGGACGUUACGCCGGAAGGACCUGGACUUAUUUACAUCGCUAUCCCUGAGGCUAUUAGUCAGUUACCUGGUUCAACAUGGUGGGCUAUUAUCUUCUUCAUAAUGAUCAUAUCAUUAGGCCUUGAUAGCACCUUCGGUGGAUUAGAGUCUAUCGUUACAGCUUGGUGUGAUCGGAAUCCGAAGACUAUCGGCAAACAUCGGGAGAUCUUCGUAUUAGGCGUCGUGUGUUUUAUCUUUCUCGGUUCACUUACAACAGUGACUUACGGCGGCGAAUAUGUAUAUCAGUUAUUAGAGGGUUAUGGUGCCUCAACCACCCUCCUUCUUGUCGUUGUUUUCGAAGCUAUUUCAGUCACGUGGUUCUACGGACUUAGUAACUUUACCAGUGACAUCCGCACGAUGAUAGGCCGAACUCCCAGCGUCUACUGGCAACUGUGUUGGAGUAUUCUUAGUCCGGCCGUGCUCCUCUUCGUUAUGGUAUUUGGAUUGGCUAUGUAUCAACCUUUGACUGGAAACCAAGGAGAACGCUUUCCUGCCUGGUCCAUAGGCAUUGGAUGGUGUCUCACCGUAUCUACCAUGGCUUGUGUGCCAGUCUUCGCUCUCUACAAGUUCAUCGUCACACCGGGAACUCUGAAGGAGAGAAUUCGAAGGUUAACUUCUCCCGAGGAGCAUCCGGAUCAUAAAACAUCGUUUGAUAGCUCAUCUGUCGUCAGUGUGUAAACAUGGUGAAGGUUACACUUCGUAAUUCCGAAGGUUCUUUAUUGUGAAGGUUCGUAAUUCCGAAACACGUAAAUUGCCUAUAUA